CCUGAGGUGCCCAGCGCAGACCUCAGCCUGCUGUCCACCAGGAGGCCCGUCUUUUGCCCUCGCCCACCCGCACCCAGGCUCUCAGCUGGCCCUGCGGGUGGACUAGCACUUGGUACCGAGUGCAACCCCAGUGGGCAUCUCCCUGAGCCGCCCUCCCCUGGCCGACGCUGUCCAACUGGGGUCCCACCUGGGCCUCCUCUCCCACCCACUCCUGCACCCUGCAGCCUCUCUCCUGUGCCUCAGAGAGCUCCCUCUCCCUUCCUGGGGGCAGGGUGGCUGCAGCGGGCACCACCUCUUCUUACCCCAGACCCCUGCCCUGUCCCUGCUGCCCUGCAGGGACCUGCAAUGGCCCUGGUCAAGUCUGCCCUGCCCUCCUCACCACUGGGGGCUGCGAUUGGUUUGGGCAAGGGUCAGUCACCUCAGCUUGGACUGUGCCGACACAUGCCCAGACCCUGCCACCCUCAGACCAAGAUUGAUUUUCUUUUUGUACCAGGGAUUGAACCCAAGGGCACUUAACUAUCGAGCCACGUCCCACAUUUUUUUUCAGGGUAUUUAUUUUUCAGUUGUAAUUGGACACAAUAUGCUUGUUUUAUUUAUCUAUUGCUCUGUGGUUCUGAGGAUCAAACCCAGGGCCCCGCAAGUGCUAGGCAGGCCCUGUACUGCUCAGCCCCAGGCGCAGCCCACAUUUCAUCUUCUUAAAUAUUGAGACAGGGUCUCACUGAGUUGCUUAGGGCCUUGCUAAGCUGCUGAGGCUGGCUUUGGACUCAGGAUCCUCCUGCCUCGGCCUCCUGAGCCGCUGGGAUUAGAGGUGUGUGCCCUGCCGGCUUCUGUUUGUGUUUCUCUGACACUCCUCCCGAGCUCCUCUUCCUCUCCUCCUCUCCCCUCCUGUCCUGACACGUCCUGCCCCGUUCCCAUCUCUCUCUCCUGCUCAUUUGGCAGCUGAGGAGUAGCCACACCGAGGAACCUGGGUGACUUCCAGACGGAGCCACAGGGCGCUCUCCCAGCUACUGCACUGAACAGCGCGGUGCCUGGUCACAAAUGGCCACUUCACUCUGGGGAUGGGUUUCUGGAAAGAGCACUGCCAGGCCAGGGUCCCUCCUCUGUGACUGCCAGGUGUGGCCAGGUCCCGCCUUGUCAGAGGCACGAGGAGGCUGGGUCCUGGGACUUGGCCUAACCCUUGGUUCUGUCCACCCAGGCUGAGCUCUCCUUGCUCGUCCCCAUGUGCCCUGGCAUAGGACAAGUCCUGCAGUCCCUGGUGGGACCCCAUGGUCCUGGCUCCCAGGCAGCCGUGACCCUGUGUGCAGCUCAGCUGCCUUUGGCAUUGAGAACAGCCACUGUCACGGGAGCUCCUCAGGUCCCCACCAGCCAGCCUUCUUUUAUUUUCUUACAUUUGAUUGAUGGAUGGAUUGAUUGAUUUUUGGUAGGAGGACGGAACCCAGGGGUGUUCCACCACUGAGCCACAUCCCCAUCCCUUUUUAUGUUUUAUUUUGAGACGGGGUCUCACUAAGUUGCUUAAGGCCUUGCUAAGUUUCUGAGGCUGGUCUUGAACCUGAGACCCUCCUGCCUCAGCCUCCCAAGUGGCUGCAAUUGCAGCCUGCCCCACCAUACCCAGUUCUGCUCUGCUCUCGUUUUAAGAUGACCGUCCACUGAGCGCAUCCAGGUGGUAUAGCUGUUUCUCAAGGGCCCUGUGGGGUUGCUCUUAUUUUGCCUGUUUUACAGCAGAGGAGGUGAGGGCUGGAGGUGCAGACAAGUGUCACCCAAGUCCCCAGAGCUGGACAGCACAAGAGUCAGGUGGCCUGGUGAGGUGGACCCCACGUGCACACGUGUUCCCAUGCCUAAAGAAGUUUCUAAACCAGAGGACGUGGACGUCCUGGUCACGGGUCCCUCGGAGAAGAGCUAGGUGUGGCAGGACUCCCGCCCCCAGCUCCCGGUCAGUCCCCUGGCCUCAGGAGUCCUCCCAGCCUGGGAGGCAGUGGAGACUGAGCCUGUGGGUGGCCCCCGCCCCUUCCACAGGAAGCUGGGACAAGGCAGUCUCUGGCCUCAUGAAGACAUCACAAUAGUGGUCAGUCACCCAGCCAGGCUGCUGGGGCGGCCGUUGCUUCUCUCCUGCUUGUCUCUGGCCACCAAGCCUCACCAUGAGGACUGCUCAGGAUGAGGACCAGGAGAAUGAGGACACGGAACCCCAGGUCACCAGGACACCACUGCUGAAACAGAGGAACAAGGAGGAGCCAAAAUGGAGCCAACCUCAGGGCCCCAUCUGCUCUCUGGAGUGGGCACCUGCCCGUGGGCACUCAGUCCUGGCAGCUGAGGGCGCUCUUCCCUCCUCUCUCCUCAAGGGCCACGGCCUCCUUACAACCGUCCUGCAGGAGGCUCCCGCCCUCAGCAGCCCACAGGAAUAUACACCAACUUGCCCAGGAUCUCGACCUCCUUGCCAAUGCGCACCACAUGUCCGUACUGUGGCAACCAAAUCGUCACGGAGACUACCCCUGUCAAUGGAGUCCUCAACUGGCUAAUGUGCUUAGGCCUCUGUUUGUGUGGGUGCUGCCUGGGCUGCUGCCUUGUGCCCUUCUGGAUUCAAAGCCUGAAGGACGUGAACCACUCGUGCCCCGUGUGCAAGCACCAUCUCUACCACUACAGACGUGUGUGACCCCUGCCCCGGAAAUAAACCUGCUGACGCUCCUGCACGUGUGUCCUGCGCCCGGCCAUGCCAUGGCCUCCUCUGACUCCAGUCACCAGGGAGGUGGGGUGUGGCCCACAGGAGCCUGGAGCACAGCAGAUGCGCAGGCCGCGCUGGCUGGAUACGGGAAGGGUCCUGUCCCUGAGGUGCCCAGCGCAGACCUCAGCCUGCUGUCCACCAGGAGGCCCGUCUUUUGCCCUCGCCCACCGGCACCCAGGCUCUCAGCUGGCCCUGCGGGUGGACUAGCACUUGGUACCGAGUGCAACCCCAGUGGGCAUCUCCCUGAGCCGCCCUCCCCUGGCCGGCGCUGUCCAACUGGGGUCCCACCUGGGCCUCCUGUCCCACCCACUCCUGCACCCUGCAGCCUCUCUCCUGUGCCUCAGAGAGCUCCCUCUCCCUUCCUGGGGGCAGGGUGGCUGCAGCGGGCACCACCUCUUCUUACCCCAGACCCCUGCCCUGUCCCUGCUGCCCUGCAGGGACCUGCAAUGGCCCUGCUAAGUCUGCCCUGCCCUCCUCACCACUGGGGGCUGCGAUUGGUUUGGGCAAGGGUCAGUCACCUCAGCUUGGACUGUGCGGACACAUGCCCAGACCCUGCCACCCUCAGACCAAGAUUGAUUUUUUAUCUUGGUUUUUGGUACCAGGGAUUGAACCCAAGGGCACUUAACCACCAAGCCAGGCAUCACCUUUUUUUUUAAGGGUAAUUACUUUUCAGUUGUAAUUGGGCACAAUACCUUUAUUUCAUUUAUUUAUUGUUCUGCGAUGCUGAGGCUCAGACCCAGGCUCCGCAAGUGCUAGGCGGGCCCUGUACUGCUCAGCCCCAGGCCCAGCCCGCAUUUCAUCUUCUUAAAUUUUAGGCAGGGCCUUGCUAGGUGGCUGAGGCUGGCUUUGAACUCAGGAUCCUCCUGCCUCAACCUCCCAAGUCCCUGGGAUUACAGAUGUGGGCCACCCUGCCUGGCCACGUUCCAGUGCUUGAGGCUGGGCCACCUGAGGCCACCUGUGAGCUGGCUCCUGCCUCCCCUGCCCCACUCUAGCCAGAACCAAGUGCUGGGCAGCCACCACUUGGGGCACCUUCUGUGGGGCCCCAGCACUGCCUCCCAACCCUCUCCCCCAGCCCCGUCCUGCACCCUCUGCUGUGACUGUCCCUAGAUCUGGGCGCCAGUGGCUCGAGUGGGUAUCUCAGGACACGGCAGGGAUGAGGCUUGUGGACACCAGGAGGGGACAAGGCCAGGCAGGAUCAGCCUGAAUUGGAAUCCUGCUUCCUCAGUCAACUACACCGGACUGCCACAUGUGGCCAGGGGCUACUGCCCUGAACAGAGGGGACAUUCCGCCACAGCAGCAGGUUCUGCUGGACAGUGCUGGGUUAAGGAGAUAAAGUGCCAAGUCCCUAUGGAGGCCGCAUCCCAGCUCCCAUGGAGGUUCAAGGCCUCAGUGUCUUAUCAAUGGGACCCUCUGGGCAAACUGGGGUCUGGGACCAGGACAGAGGGGGAUGGGAUAAAGGAAGAACCAAGCAGACUGGCCGGUUUCUCAACUUUGUGACCCAUGAAAGUGCCAUCUCCCUUACCAUCGCUCCCAGUGGGAUGAAUUUCCUU